CCCAGGAUGUCCAUGCUUGCGGAGCCCCGGAGGAAAGUGAAAUGGUCUGUGGACCCUAGGAACAGUACCUGGAGUAAUGAUGAAUCCAAGUUCGGCCAGAAGAUGCUUGAGCGAAUGGGCUGGUCCAAGGGCAAGGGCCUGGGUAAAACUGAGCAAGGUUCCACAGAUCACAUCAAAGUUAAAGUGAAAAAUGACAGCCUGGGUCUUGGAACCACUGUUAGCCAUGAGGAUAACUGGAUUGCCCACCAAGAUGAUUUCAAUCAGCUUUUGGCUGAGCUAAAUAACUGCCAUGGUCAAAACAACAACAAGGAGUCCCUGCCUGAGCAGCAGCAAGGCUUUAGCUUGGAGGAGAAGUCCAAGACGUCCAAAAAGAGGGUUCAUUACAUGAAAUUCACUAAAGGAAAGGAUCUGUCCUGCCGCACCGAAAAAGAUCUAAAUUGUAUCUUUGGGAAGAGAGCAAAACACGCUAAAGACGAAGAGGAGGAGAACAAUAGUAGCAGCGAUUCCCAGUGGGAGAAUGAGAAUGAGGCUUCUGCCACUCCUGAACCUGACACAGAGUCCGUCAGCAACACCGUGACCAGCUCUCUCACCAUGCAGGAGUACUUUGCCCAGCGGAUGGCUCAGCUGAAGAGGGCUCGUAGCCAGGCCCAGAAUCCAGCUUCAUCACUGGAGGCAGAGACCACCGAAAUGUCAGGUCUGUGUGAGGAACCCGAUGCCCUCCAGAGCAAUGACAGUGUUACAGAAAAACCCAAAAAGAAGAAAAAGAAAAUCAGCGAGGCUGUCGAAGACAUGGACUUUGCAUCAGAGAUGUGCACUUCUGUAACAGAGGAGAACGAGGACCAGGAGCAGGCCUGUUUAGGGAAAAAAAAGAAAAAGAGGAAAGUGGCAGAGGAAGAAGGAGCUGUGGCUGAGGAUUGCAGCUCCGCCGCCGUUGUGGAGCCGAACUGCGAGGACAGGCAGAGUUCCUCCAAGAAGAAAAAGCUUAAAAGAAAUCAGGAAAAUAACUCAGUUGAGAACCAAACUGUGGAGUCAGAGCAUGCGCACAAGAAGAAGAAGAAGAAGAAGAAGAAGAGACACGAGGACGUUGUGUUACCAGAGGAAAAUAAGGUGGUGAUGGCGAAGAAAUCAAAAAAGGACAAAAAAAAGAAAAAGGAAUGAGAAUAGUAUUGAAAUGAAUAAUUUUUUUUAUCCUAAAAUCCCAUUAACUCUUAAGCCAUCAGAGGGACCUAAUUUUGCCCUAAUUUGAUGAUGAAUGCAGAAAUACAUGGAGUGACUAGCCUCUUUUUUUUUUUUACCAGUUUACAUGAGUUUGUGUGGAUUACUUUCAACCUGUGAUUUUUAGCCCUUAUUUAACCAGACGAGUCCAUUUAGAAAGAAUCUGCAUCCCAUGAGCUAUUGCGGGGGUGGCAUCAGACACUGGGAGCUGCACAGUUCAACCACCCUCGUACUAUCUGCUACUGAGCCGCCCCACUGGACUCCACUAUGCUUGCCUUCUCCAUGUUGGCAAAUAUAUUCAUCGUGCAGAAGUCCUCAUAAAUAGCCCUUUGUUAUUUCACCAGUUAACGGUAGUAACAAAACAAACAUGAAUUUGAACUAAUCCAGUGCUGUUAAUGCACCAGGUGUUGAAUAUGUUUUUAUUUCAAAAUAUUCUACAUGUAAAGUUGUAAACACUCCCCGGGCACUGCAGCUGCUCCUAUAAAAUAGGAUAGGUUAAAUGCAGAGAACAGAAUACAAUGCCAAAUAAAGUGGCUUUCUCCAAAGGAGUUGAAUCAAGUGCAACUGGACUUGGUAUAUAUCCGUGAAGACGUUUUGCCUCUCAUCCAAGAGGCUUCCUCAGUUCGUGCCUUUCUGACGAGACCAAGCUAGUCUGACUGGCUGGUGAUGAGACUCAGAAUUUAUCCUCUAGGAGUUGUUGUCAGAGCUAUUGAUAUGCAUGGCUCUUUGUGAUCCGAUGUUUACCAACACCCGUCGCUAACAGAGCCAUAGAUAUGAGUGGCUCUUUUGUGUACCGACGUUUGGCCGCACCCGUCGUUAUCAGAGCUAUUGAUAGCGUGGCUGUCCUGUGCUCCGAUGUCCAGCCGCGCCCAAGCCCAGUUGCACUUGAUUCAACUCCUUUGGAUAACCAUGACCCUGGAUGAAUGAGAACAUUCACAGAGAAAGUGGCUUUCUUUUCAAAAUAUCAACAUUUUGAAUGCAAGAAUCAUAAAAAAUAUUUUUUUUCCCCAAAGGUAUUUCAUCGAGAACUCUAAUUAAUAGACAAAUGUCUGAAUUCUUUUUGGAAUGAAAUCAUGUAUAUGAUUGUCAAAUGUUGUUACUUUUUUUAUUAUAAUAUGGGUAAUAUGAAAUCAGUUAAAGUCUCAAAGGUUUAAUGAACAUUCAUGAUGUUUUCAGGUGACAAAAAUCUGAACUGUCCGAAAGCAUCUUUAAUGAGCUCCAAGGAAACUUUGUAUGUGACAUUAAAACCUCAUAACCAGACGAAUCCUCAAUAAAUCAAACUCAAAAUGA